AUGAGACUGCCAGAGCUGGAUGAGAUCAUCGACGACCCCGUGUUGACAGGCCGUGUCAGGCGCUUGGAUGCUGCAAGAGACACUGUCAAACAGAGUAGACCGCUUCUGCUUUCAGAAGUUAAAUUCAUUGAGGAGUUCCUGGUAUCCGACUUGAAUAUUUUUGACAGGUACAUUGCAGGAUGCAUUUUAUUUGCCAUUUACAGCAGGUCGAGAUGGUCAGAUCUGGCGUUCCUCAGUGAUUUGACCCUUGAUACAACAGAGACGGAACUGGGACUUGUGGGUUUUGUGGAAGGUUCAACAAGGUUUCAGAAGACAAGUACGACAGCUUUGAAACGGGCUAUGCAGAUGCCACUGGUUGCACCCAUACGAGGGGUGACAGAAAGGUUGUGGGCUGUCGAGUGGUUUGACAUUCUCAAGCAAGUUCAGUUCAACUUGACUGCAAAACCCAUAGGCGCCGUAUGCAGGCCACCGACCAAUGGCAUGCUUGGUACCAGGCAUCUAUCUUCAGAAGAGAUGGGAGAUUUUCUCAAUCAUGUUCUGGGGCUUACAGGUGAAAGAGUUGUGACGAGUCAUUGCAUGAAGACCACAACACUCACUUGGUGUGCAAAAUAUGGAUUGGAGGAACCAGCAAGGACACUGCUGGGCCAUCAUGAGUUGCAGUCUCAUGAAGCAGACCAUGUUCUUGGUGUGGUCGAUUUGACUGAAAGCAGUUGGUCGCUGGUUGGCAGCCCUGUCAGUGAACAAGACGCUCGACAGGAGAGUCCGGCCAGAGCCUCAUCUGAUGAUUCCAGCAGCAGCUCAACAAGUUCCUCUGCACAGGAAGAGCCACUGCAACAGAAGUAUGCUUUGUAUGGUGAAGUGAAAGAUUGCAAUGAGCCAGUGUAUCAGCACAAGCAGAGUCGAGUGCUGCACAGACCCAACAAAGUUGCAGGGUCCCUUGCGUGCGGCCGUAGGAGCUUUUGUGAAGCCCUGGUGCGUGGGGUGGCGGAGCAUUUACAACAACUUCAUGGUCAGACUGACAACUGCAAUACGGUAUCAUUGGAUUUACUGAAAGCCAAUGCUACGCAAGGCCUGGUUGCAAACAAAUUGGAUAAUGAUGGUGGCGGUGUGUGGACAUGCAACAGGUGCUCGACAGUUGUCCACGUAAAAUGUGACAGCACCGUCAAAGCUGAUGAGAUUAUUUUUGGCUUGUAUUGGUCGCCGGAGAGAUUUCUGGCUCAGGUGGCAAUGGCUGGGCAUCCACAACAUCUGGUUUUGGGUAUGUCCGAGGCCGUGCAGACUGCAGUUGAUGCCAAUGUUCAAUUGUCAUACCAUGACAUCGUCAUCCACAGGUGCAGAUGGUUUGGUAAAUAUUUGCCGCUUGCAAAAUCCUUGAGAGACGAAGAAAACGAAGUAUUAUCAGCGAUGCCUACGCCAAUGCGGGCUAUUAUGUCUACAAAACGCAUCGCGCUACUGGAAAAGAUCUUGCGGGAUGAAUCCUACCCGGAUAUGGGCCUUGUGGAUGACCUCAAGAGAGGCUUUGACCUUGUUGGCGAGUUGCCUGAGUCAGGUGGAGUCCUGCCUCAGAAGUUUGUACCAGCUACCAUGGCAGUAGCUGAGUUGAGUUCGAACGCGGCCAGAGCUCGUUUUGCUUUGAAGGGGUCCAAUGCUUCCAGCGGAGAUCCUGACCUUGACACAAAACUUUAUCAGAAGACACUGGAUGAGGUGGACAAGGGCUGGUUACGUGGACCUUUGGAAUGGUCUGACUUGGAAAGCAAUGCAGUUGUCUCAAAGAGAUUUGGCUUGCAGCAAGGCGAGAAGUUGCGGCCUAUAGAUGACUACAGUAUGAGCUCAGUGAAUGCAACAGUCACUGCAAAGGAUCAGGCUACAGCUGACAAUGUGGAUGUGAUUUGUGCAAUGUUACUGCAGUUGAUGGCAGGCUUGAGAGAGCGUGGCAAGAGCACUGUGUUGCGGGCAAGAGGCUAUGAUCCUCCCUUGGUUUCUGCGUGUGGCAUCACCUUCGAACAUAGCUGA